UCUCUCUCUCUCUCUCUCUCUCUCUCUCUCUCUCUCUCUCUCUCUCACACACACACACACAACUAUGAUAGCAGAUAUGCUGUUUCGGUCCUUUCGAAGUGAGAAACCAAGAGGGAAGAAAACAAGGUGCAAAAGGAGUAGUGAAGAGGAAAAAGAGGAGGUGGAAGAAAGGAAUGUGUACUCAGUGCCAUUCUACACUGAUCCACUCUCCAAAACCAACACUUUUUGUUUGAAAUCACGCAACAUUAUUAAUGAUGAUAUUAAUCAUAGAAAAGGACGAAGCAUCAAGAAAAUGUCAAGCAAGGUCUCCAAUUUCUCCGAUCUGAUCCAACGUGUCACCGCUUCUUGCCUUCUCCACCCCCUCGCCGGCGUCUCACGCGCCGACGACUUCUCCACCGCCGACGAAGAUGAGGACUACGACAACCGCGCGGCGGCGGCGGAGGAGGAGGAUGAGGAGGAUUUCAAGAUUCACACCAACUGGGGUGGCGGCGCUGGAGACGACGACGAGGAGCCGCCGAGGACAAUGGAGCUCGAGAUACUGAUGGGUCAGGUGUUCGACGCCGUUUCGUCGAUGAAGAGGGCGUACGUUAGCCUCCAGGAGGCGCACUCCCCCUGGGAUCCUGAUAAAAUGCGCGUGUCCGACGUGGCGGUGGUGGCCGAGCUCCGCCGUUUGGGUCUCCUCAGGGAGAGGUUCAAGCGGAGUGUUGGCGGAAGGGGAGGGACUUGGGGGGUGGGGGCGGCGACGCUGAGGGAGGUGGUGGCGCCGUACGAGGCGGCGGUGGCGGAGCUGAAGAGGGAAGUGAAGGCGCAGCAAGCUGAGAUGGACAACUUGAAGGAGAAGCUCAAAACGGCGUCGUUAGUCAGUGGAAAGUCAAAGGGGAAGUCAAGGAGACGAGUCAGCUGCACCACUCAAGUAGCAGUAGCUCCAGCAGUGGAGCUAUUCGAAGCGACGAUGAGCCUAGUAAAAGAAGCAUCGAAAGCAUUCACAUCGCUCCUCCUCUCCCUAAUGCGCUCCGCCCACUGGGACAUUGCCGCCGCGGUCCGAUCAAUCGAAGCCGCCUCCUCCACCGCCGCCUCCUUCACCGCCACAUCAUUCACCGGGGGAGACAGCUUGACCAACCACGCAAAGUACGCGCUGGAGUCCUACGUGAACCGCAAAAUCUUCCAAGGGUUCGACCACGAGACGUUCUACAUGGACGGGAGCCUCUCGUCGAUCCUCCACCCCGACCAGCACCGCACCGACUGCUUCACGCAGUACCGCGACAUGAAGGCGAUGGACCCCGCCGAACUGCUGGGGAUUCUGCCCUCGUGCGGGUUCGGUAACUUCUGCUUCAAGAAAUAUCUGGCGGUGGUCCACCCUAAGAUGGAGGAGUCUUUGUUCGGCGAUCUGGAGCAGAGGCGGCAGGUGCUGGAUGGGCACCACCCCAGGAGUCAGUUCUACGGUGAGUUUCUAGGGUUGGCUAAGUCCGUUUGGCUGCUGCAUUUGCUGGCGUUUUCUCUCGAUCCGCCACCUGGACAUUUCGAGGCGAGUAAAGGGGCCGACUUUCAUUCUCAGUACAUGGAGAGUGUGGUGAAGAACAAUAAGGUGGGAAUUUCUAUGGUGGUCGGGUUUCCGGUUAGCCCGGGGUUUAAGCUUGGGAAUGGUUCCAUUGUUAAAGCUAGGGUUUAUCUUGUUCCCAAGAACUAAAUAUGCAAGUGGGUUUAUAUGUAUUUGAUAGGAUGAGUACUUUAAUAAGUGUGUACCAGAGUGUGUAGUUUGUAUUAUGGGAGAUUUGCAGUUGUGCUUGUUGUACAACUACUUAUUUAUAUUCUAAUUUGCUUUCUAUGUUCUGAUGA